UGAAAAUUAAUAUUUUGGACUUUUCUAACAUAUGCAUGGUUUUUUUAUCUUCUAAAAUUUUAUAAAUUCACAAGGAAAACAUAUAAAACUUUUAUUGAUAUAGAAAUAUAUUUAUAGUUAGUUUUCAUAUAUUUACUUACAUAUGCAUGUUAUUUUGUAUCUUCAAUUGUAUUACCUCUCCAUGUUUAAAUUUGAUUGACUUCUAUAAUCUUGGCCUAAUAAAUUCUAGAAUCAACCAAUAAAACAAAUAUUAUUUUAUAAUAGAAUUAUUCUAUUUUAAAAGAAAACGAAGAAGAAAAUAGAAUGCUAUUCGAAAUGGUCUUACAUCGAGGAAUAUGAUACUUUUAUUCAAUUUUCUUAUUUUAGUUUCCGCUUUUUGUCUUGCUAUAUCUAACGUUUUUAUAAGUGUCUUGUGUGAGAGACUGAUUCUCAUUACUGUAGUAAAUACAUGUCCAAAUUUUAGAUUUUUUUCACCUAAAUUAAAUAAAAUUUUGUUAUUGUAGAUAUGAUUGGUCAAGUUAGUCGUUUUACCAAUCAUCCCUUUAGAUCUCUCGGUCUUUAGGUUUUUUCCUUCUUAUGAAUGGUUGUUAUGUUUGAAAAGAUAGAGCUUGGCUUUAUGAACCGUAAAUGACCAAAUCGAUGGAAAAUUAUAAACAAAACUUUAUGUCCAAGGAUAAAAUUGUCAUAUAGAGUGCAUAGUCAAUAAUUUUUUGGAGUUCCUUAAAAGCAAAAAAACUUUACCCAUAUAAAGAAAACAAUUAACGACAUAAAUAUAAAUAAGACUAUUAAAAUAAAAUAAUAAAUAAAUAAACUACAGUUUUUUAUUAAAUAAAUAUUUUUAAUUAAAUAGUAAUCUCGCAUUUGUAAAGCGCGCGUUGAAAUUUAGUUGGGAUUUAAAAUGUAAACAUCCAACGUAUUUUUAAAUAAGUUAUUUUAGAAACAUUUUAGAAACGAGAUUACGAAAACUUCGAAAAGCUUCCGAUUCCGAUUAUAAAACGGAAAAUCGGACGUCCGACAAAGCUUCGGUGAUAUAUUGAAUGAAAGAAGAAACUCUUAAAAACAAAACAAAAAGAAAUCUGAAGUUUAUCUCCUAAACUAGACUAGAAAUAAUUGUCUGGAAUCAAAAUCGGAAAUUUAUGUCUGAAUAAAAUCUAGAAUCUAAAACACAAACUGAGAUAUAUAACUGGAAGACAAAAUUAUUCAGAACCGCCUCUUUGCCCUAAAGUAAAGAAAAAGAAAACUCUCUCUCUCUCUCUCUCUCUCUCUCUCUCUCUCUCUCUCUCUCUGGCGGAGGAAGACAAACCAAAACCCUCAAAGAGCAAAAAUAAAAAACAGCGGGUUUGAUCGGAGAUCGGGGGAACUCUCCGACGACGUUGUCCUUGUUGUCCUUGUUGUCGUGGUAGAUUAGAUAAACACCCUCUCGCAAUCAGUCUCAUGAACCUCUCUUGGAAUCUGUAGAUCAAGUGUGUGAUGGGGAGUAGCGAUGAGCGAAACAGUAAGGCGAUUGAUGCCUCCGUUGGAGGUUUGGUUUGGGUCCGACGCCGCAACGGGUCAUGGUGGCCGGGUCGGAUCAUGGCUCAUCACGAGGUUCCUGAUGAUACCAUCGUUUCUCCCAAAUCAGGCACACCUAUUAAGCUUCUAGGUCGUGACGAUGCUGGCGUGGAUUGGUAUAAUCUUGAAAAGUCCAAGAGGGUGAAGGCGUUUCGUUGUGGGGAGUAUGAUGCUUGUAUUGAGACUGCUAAGGCUACUGCCACUGGUGCUAGUAAGAAGCCUGUCAAGUACGCUCGACGUGAAGACGCCAUUGUCCAUGCUCUCGAGAUCGAGAGUGCCCUCCUUGUUGGAAAAGAUGAGAAGCCAAGCACGUCUUCUGACUCGACUGAUGCGGCAAAGACUGAAGGUGCCUUGCAGUCUAGUGUGUCUUGCGAAAAGACUAGUAAUGGCGAGUCUUCAAAGGUGCAGCCUUUGUCAGGAAAGAGGAGGAAAAGAACACCUAAUGACUCUGAAGUUGAUGGGAGUGAUGAAGGGAACAAACGAAUGAGAGGGCUUGAGGAUCUUGGAGUUGGUACAAUAGGAUCAAACGGAGAGGGUAAUAAGCAGGAAAAUGGAUUGGUUAGUGAUGAAGAAGACAUCAGUGAUUCUAUGCCGAAUGGGGUUCUUGCAAAUGGUACUAGCAGGGGUAGCUCUCCGGCGAUGAAAGGUAAAAGGUCACCAGCUGUAACUGCUAUGGCUUCUGUUGCUGUCUCUGAAAACAAAGAUUCUGCUGUAGUCAACAAUGAUAACUUGGACAGCAAUGGGGUUUCAUGUGAGAAUGAUGAUGUUUCAUUAAAUGCUUCUGAGAAUGUUGCUGAAGUGAUGUUACAUAACAAUGCAAAAGAGACUGAAAUCUCCAGCAUCUCAGUUUCGGCAAAGGAUGAAGUAUUUGAUGUUCCCCUACUUGGAGAAGAAAAACACUCUGCAGGUACUUUGGCGGCAGCUUUCACAUCUUCACACACGAAAGCUCUAGCUCUUGUUUCUGAACCAACGAGGCAAUGUGAUGAUGUGGUGAAAACGGAAGGAUGUAAUGGAUUUGUUUGUGUAAGUCCAUCUGCUUUACUUAUCAAUGGGAUUGAGGAUAUCACUUCCAAGUGGCAGAUAAAAGGGAAAAGGAACCCAAGGCAGAUGAGUAAAAAACAAGAGGAAAGAAGACUUGCUUACGCCGAAGAAGCCAACAACAAUUCUCUGCCUCACUGUUCUCUCUCUGAUCAAAAUCCGCAUGGUCAUUUCAGCGGUAUGGGAAGAAACUCUCAACUGUAUGACGUGAAGAUCGAGGAAAAAGGUAGCUACAAACCCAGAAACGUCCCGAUGAUUUCCCUUAUGAGUAAACUGGACGGUGAAGCUAUCGUCGGUCAUCCUCUAACCGUUGAAGUGCUUCAAGAUGGAUCGUGUGACCGCAUUUUGUGCAGUCAUAUCAAGUCGCUUGUUGUUCCAAUGGUUGCUGGUGAUGUGAAGCCGAAGCCAUCUUGGAAGAAUAAAUCCAAGAAAAAGAAACCACACAUUCCUCCGCACAAAUCAUCAAAGUCAAAGAAAGCUUCGUCCCUAUCCGUAAAGACAAGGUGCCUCUCUGCUCUAAGUGGCCAGAAGCUGACAGUGAGUAGCAAGAAGAAAGUGAUGAUUGAGAAGAUGAAAGAGGGGAUUGUGUCUUGCAUCCCUCUGAAAGUAGUCUUCAGUAGGAUAAACGAAGCAGUGAAGGGGUCAGCGAGACAAGUACAUAGAGCAUUGCCAUCUUCAGGCAAUAAUACUACCUGAUGAGAUGAGUUUGGUCCUCCCUGGUUUGAUUUCGCCUCUAUUUCUCGUCUUUUCUUUUUUUCUUAUUGACUCAGGUUUAAGAUGAAACUAGCCCGGUUUUAGCGAGCUGGAUGGGUAUUACUGUAUAGUACAGAGAUAUCUUAGUCCUUGUGAGACAGAAAGAGAGAAAAGAAUGUGGAAGUGGAUGUGUGUAUAUGUAAUUAUAUUAGACAUAGCAAUUGGUGGUGGGAGGUGUAAUAUUAAAAGAAACAAAAAAAAAGAUAAACUCAGAAUAGGUGGAAGAAGACAUUGUUGCUCAUUUACUCAACUUAACAUUUCAAGGAUUGCUUUAGUCUU